AUGAUUGUCACUUUAGCACUCCGUGUUCUCCAGAUGCUGUUCGCAGCUGUUGUUCUAGCACUAUCUGCAGUUUUGAUUCAUGGUUAUGGUCCGGGUACUUCGUGGUCCCUUACAUCUUAUGGGUCUUUCUGUGGUGGAGCUGCUCUUAUAUUCGCUGCCAUUGGGGUCGCUGCUUGUUUCGUGGAAGCUUUGCAAGGCAUCAUAAUGCUUGCUCUUGAUGGCAUUGCAUCUUUCUUUCUCCUUGCUGGUGGAAUCGCAUAUGCCGCGACUAUCAAGGUCGGCAGCUGUUCUGAUUUGAAUUAUAUUAAAGACCAUCCCAAUCCAAUGUUCCCUGGUGGACACAAACAAUAUUCCGGUGAUGUUGUCAAAGCUGUGGAGGACGACCUCAAGGCUAGAUGCCAAGAAGUUCAAGCAAGCACGGCAUUCAUAUGGUUCACAGCGGCUUGUUUUGUUGGAACAACUGCUAUUCACUUCUUGAGCAGCAAACGUGGCGGCGGUGCUGCGAGCUACCCUUAG